CCUGCUCUCGUUCCCACCUCUUGUCUCCGUCUCUCUCUCGUUGUCUCUGCAUCUUGCCCACCCCUCUGCGUCAGCUUUCAUUCAGAUUAUUUACCCAUCUCCUCCUCACUCCCUCUGCUGUGUCUUUCUCCUCCCUCUCUUCAUCUCUUCCUUGUUGCUUGCUGCUCUAGCCUCCUCACCCUACAUUCCUCCCUUCCUACUAACGCUCCCUCCCUCCUCCUCCUUUGAGAUCUUCUAAGCUGCUCAGCACACACUUGCACAUAGCUGACACCCUCCUCUCCUGCGUGGGAAAAACAUGUCAGCUAUUCUGGACCUGGACCAGAUUGCAUGCUCAGGGAAUGGAGUGGAGCAUGACAUCGAGACUCCUAAUGGCGUUCUCCAUGUGACGAUGAGAGGCGUUCCCAAGGGCAACAGACCCGUCAUCCUCACCUAUCACGACAUCGGGCUCAACCACAAGUCGUGCUUCAAUACCCUGUUCAACUAUGAGGAUAUGCAGGAGAUCACACAGCACUUUGCAGUGGUUCACGUGGACGCACCCGGCCAGCAGGAAGGAGCACCUCCCUUCCCCAGCGGUUAUCGCUACCCAACCAUGGAUGAGUUGGCUGAAAUGCUGCCCUCUGUGAUGACUCAGCUCAAGGUCAACAGUGUGAUCGGGAUUGGCGUGGGAGCAGGAGCAUACAUCCUCAGCCGCUUUGCACUGAACAACCCCACUCUGGUGGAGGGACUGGUCCUGAUUGAUGUCGACCCAUGUGCAGAAGGAUGGAUUGACUGGGCAGCAUCAAAGCUGUCUGGAUGGACCAGUAAUUUGGUGGAUAUCAUCAUGGCUCACCACUUCAGCACUGACGAGCUGACCGAGAACCAGGAGCUGAUCCAGACCUACCGUCUCCAUAUCGCCCAAGACAUCAACCAGGACAACCUGGCCCUUUUCUGUGGCUCUUACCAAUAUCGUCAUGACCUGGAGAUCGAGAGGCCCAUCGUGGGUCUGAACGAGGAUACAGUCAACACACUAACGUGCCCUUCAUUGCUGGUGGUUGGUGACACCUCCCCUGCUGUGGAGGCUGUGGUGGAGUGCAAUUCCAGGCUAAAUCCAACCAAGACCACGCUGCUAAAGAUGGCUGACUGUGGAGGCUUGCCCCAAGUUGUGCAGCCAGGGAAACUUGCUGAGGCCUUCAAGUACUUUGUUCAGGGCAUGGGCUACAUUCCCUACGUUCUUCUCAGUCACCUGAGCAACGAAUCAGUGCCGACAGUAGGAAUGACUCGUCUGGCUCACUCACGCACCACCUCCUCUUCCAGCAUCACUUCCAUGGACAGCAGUCGCAGUCGCAACAAUCUCAACAGCCUGCUGGAGGGCAGUGCCACCGGGGGCCUGGACAACCAGUCCAGACCCCAGACCAUGGAAGUCUCCUGCUAAACCCCAACCUCAACCCCCUGCACCCUCCCAUAGUAACUUAUGUGCCCUCUCCCCGCUCCUUCUCUAUCCUCCCACUCCUAGGCAGUUCAGCACCAGGAGGAUCUGUAACAAACUAUGUGAUUAGAAAAGCAGGUAUAAUAAAUAUAUUAACAGAUGCAUAUUAUUAAAUAUUAUAUUGAAUACACUGUCAGUCACAUUCUAGAAACCGUAACUACAUUCAGCUGUGUUGUAUAUAGAAAUGGUCAAUCCGUUUUGUCGACUCAACUGUCCAUCGUCACCCUCUUCUAUUUAUUUGAUUUUCACAUUCUUUGUCUUCACACACAUUAUAGAAAUCCUCCUUUGUAACUUUGUGUUUCCAUUUGAUUGCACGGUACAAGACUUGUUAUUUUAUCUGAUCUCUUCUGAUGUGGGCUCUCAAAAUGUGGGUUAUACUGAUGGUGAAUUUAUCUCUGUACAGCUACAGAAAUAGGUUUGCGGUGUGUAAUUAAAAUGAUGCCAGAGCAAGUGAUGUAAAGGAAAAACAAUUGCAUAGCGUUGCACACUAACUUGAACUAAGUCAAAGCUGAGCAGAGAACAUGAAAAGAAUAUUCAGUGUUGUGUUCCAGUAAGUCGACUUUCUUUUUGUAAGUGAACUCAUCAUCUCCCUUUUCUAUCUUUUUGAUUUGUGUUAAUGUUUUUGUUCAGUUGAUUAGAUGACUCACUGAUGUUUUAACAACCUUUAACAAGUAGUGUCUGAUGUGAAAAGUCUUGAGUUCCUUCACUGAGAAGCCCAGUGGUGCCUCUCACUGUCUGCUGAUUCAACUCAUUUAUAUUACUACUGAAUAAAGCUACAACACGAGAA